CGGUUUCUCGGCAGAACACUGGGGUCUGCCUGGAGUCUCAGGUCUGGACUCGCAGCUGCAAGCCAGCGGGGCCACGCCUUCUCGCUGGUGGCCCUGGCUGGCCCCGGCCUGUCCCCAGUCUUGGGCGCCUGGGUCGGUCUCCUCCCCUCGCCUCGGGGAAGGCGCAGGCGUCUCGCGCUGCUUUACCAGCACCUUCCUCUUUUCCAGCCUUUUCCUGUGCGAUCCCCAAGCCUCCCUGCAGGGUGCAUGGGUGGGUGCGCUGAGGCGGGGCGUGCACAGCCCAGCUCCCACAGUGGGAGUUAGGGGCGGCAGUCCUGCGCCUGCCCGAUGGCGGGCAGAGCCGAGCCGCCGGAUGGCGGCUGGGGAUGGAUGGUGGUGCUCUCAGCGUUCUUCCAGUCGGCGCUGGUGUUCGGGGUGCUGCGCUCCUUCGGGGUCUUCUUCGUGGAGUUUGUCUCGGCGUUUGAGGAGCAGGCGGCGCGUGUUUCUUGGAUUGCCUCCAUAGGAAUCGCUGUGCAGCAGUUUGGGAGUCCGAUAGGUAGUGCGCUGAGCACGAAGUUUGGGCCGCGGCCUGUGGUGAUGACUGGGGGCAUCUUGGCUGCCCUGGGGCUGCUGCUGGCCUCCUUUGCUACCUCCUUGACUCACCUGUACCUGAGUAUCGGGCUGCUCUCAGGCUCUGGCUGGGCCUUGACCUUCACUCCGACCCUGGCAUGCCUGUCCCGUUACUUCUCCCGCCGCCGAACCCUGGCCAUGGGGUUGGCACUGACAGGAGUGGGCCUCUCCUCUUUUGCGUUUGCCCCCCUCUUCCAGUGGCUGCUCAACCACUUUGCCUGGCGGGGGGCCCUGCUGCUCGUGUCUGCCCUCUCCUGCCACCUUGUGGCCUGUGGUGCCCUCCUGCGCCCACUCUCCCUGGCUGAAGACACUGCGGUGGGUGGCCCUGGGGCCCAGCUAACCUCUCUCCUUCGUCACGGCCCCUUCCUCCGUUACACUGUUGCCCUCACCCUGAUCAACACUGGCUACUUUAUUCCCUAUGUCCACCUGGUGGCCCAUCUCCAGGAUUUGGGCUGGGACCCAUUGCCUGCUGCCUUCCUGCUCUCCGUGGCUGCUAUUUCUGACCUUGUGGGGCGUGUGGCCUCUGGGUGGCUGGGAGAUGCAGUCCCAGGACCUGUGACGCGGCUUCUGAUGCUCUGGACCACCCUGACUGGAGUAUCACUAGCCCUCUUCCCUGUGGCAAAGGCUCCCACAGCCUUGGUGGUUCUGGCCGUGGCCUAUGGCUUCACAUCAGGGGCCCUGACCCCAGUGGCCUUCUCCGUGCUACCUGAACUGGUAGGGACUGGAAGAAUUUACUGUGGCCUGGGACUGGUGCAGAUGAUAGAGAGCGUCGGGGGACUGCUGGGAGCUCCUCUGUCUGGGUACCUCCGGGAUGUGACGGGGAACUACACAGCUUCUUUCGUGGUGGCUGGGGCGUUCCUGCUCAUAGGAAGUGGAGUUCUCACUACCCUGCCCCACUUCUUCUCCUGCUUCUCAGCUCCUGCUUCCAGGCCCCAGGAGCAUGAAACAGAGGCGCUGGAUACCAAAGUCUCCCUACCCAAGGAGGAGGGCUUGGGAGAGGACUAAUCUCCAUUGAGAGGCAGCCAGGGCCAAAGCCAAGCCUGACAGCUUCAGGUCUUCUCCUGACCCAUCCAGGCAUCCACAGAAAUGCAGUGCCUUAAGAUUCUUCUUCUGCCUCCCUCAGAGCAGGCCUGGGGCUCCUGUGAUAUGUGCCAACUCUGUAUUUUGUUGAGGAUUCUUAUUUUUUUUUUCUUCCUUUGUUGUCCCAACCUUUUCUGAAGGAUCCUAGAGGUCCUGCUGCACUGAGGUGUGAAUCAACCAUGAGAAUCAGAGACUUGGUUUUACAUGUGAUCCCUAGUGUUGCUCUAAAGUUUUCUCCCUGAAGAUGGAUGUCUGGGAAACAAGGGUGUUCUUUUGGGAUAAAACCAAAUGAGGAAACUAGACAAUAA